AUGGAAGGCAAGGAAGAGACGGAACAGAAAAUGCUGGAGAUAUUGGACGAAGAAGAGGAGGAGGCUGAGGAGGAGGAAGAACUUAGUUCCUUUAAUCUCAGCAGUGAGGUGCAUGACUUGGAAGACAGACUGUCACAGAUCCAAGUCCAUAUUCCUGAAUUUGUCUAUGAGUUUGACUGGAGUUCCAUCGACACCUCCAAUUUGCCAGAAUCCUACAGGACAAACUCACCUAAGGAACAGUUGCUACUGCAGGUGGCCGACAAUUUCUGGCGUCAGUACGCGCACCUCUGCCCAGACCGGGAGCCACUUUUCCUGCACCCUGUGAAUGAAUGCAAUGUGGAAAAAUUUGUGAGCACUACGGUACGCCCUACCCUGCUCCCCUACUCCGAGCUGUAUGACUGGGAUAGCUGUGCCCAUUUUGUGUCAGACUAUCUAACGAUGGAGCCCCUCCCGUCUCCGAUUGCACCGCCCAGUUACCUGUACUCCCCGACCACAAUUCUGCGGUACCAGAGAGGGAACUGCUUUGACUUCAGCAACCUCCUGUGCUCUCUGCUGAUCGGUGCGGGCUACGAUGCCUACUGUGUGAAUGGCUAUGCCACCCGGGAGAUAUGCAUGAUGGAUGAGACCAGGGAGGCGUGCCCGCUGUCGCAAAGAGCAGAAGAGGUGGAAGCCGUAAAAGAGAAGCCCAAGAAGUAUGCUGUCAAGCCUCUGCGGGACCUGCGGAGCAAAUUCGAGCUGCAGCAGGAAGCCAAGGAGGUAGCGAAAGAGCAGGCGGCUGAGGAGAAGAAGCGGAAAGAAGAGGAAGAAAAGACCGCGGAGGCAGAGAAGCCCAAGCCAGACCCUCUGUAUGGCCUGCGGGUCCAUGCCUGGGUUCUGGUCCUUUCAGGCAAGCGCGAGGUGCCAGAGAGCUUCUACAUUGACCCUUUCACAGGAAAAAACUACGACACCAAGGAUGACCACUUCCUCGGCAUUGAAAGUGUCUGGAACCACCGGAACUACUGGGUCAACAUGCAGGACUGCUGGAAUGCCUGCAAGGAUCUCGAGUUUGACCUUGGUGACCCAGUCCGGUGGGAGUUUAUGCUACUGGGCACCGACAAACCUCUCCUGUCACUGCCAGAAAUAGAGGAGGAGGAAGAAGGUGAAGAUGAAAUUGAAGACUUGAUGAAGGAAGAGGAAUCCAAGGCCUUUGACAUGCCAGCAUCUUGGGUUGAACCGAUCAGAAUAACUCCAAAAGAAUUUGAGAUGCGGUGUCCCCAAGGCAAGAAGGAGAUUUUGUACAGGAACGCCAAGUUGGAGAAAUGGGCACCUUACCUGAACAACAACGGGCUGAUCAGCCGCCUCACUCUCUAUGAGGAUCCAGAUUGUAAGCGCCUCCUGGAGGUGAAGGAAUGGUUCAAGAACCGAGAGGAUAUGAUGGAGAGGAGAGAACUGAAUAAGCAGACAGAAGUGACUACAGAAUACUUUGCCCCUGGACACGUGCAGGGUCUCAAAGUGCACGCCUACAAGACGAUGGAGCCUGAGACGGAGCGCACCAUGGAGUUUUACAGCGAGACGCGGGUGGACGGCCUUCAGAAACGAGUUGAGACACCCACAGACAUGGCAGAAUAUUUUGAAGGGCGGUCAGAUUUCCUGUGGUACCGACAUGCUGAAUUUGGCAAAAGAGCAAAGAAACCUCCCAACAACACACAGGUCAACACAGAAUCAAAUGCUCGGCCAAUUUUGAAAAUCACAGAGCGAUUCCGCAGGAAUCCCAAAAAACCAGCAGAUGAAGAUGUGGCCGAGCGCAUCUUUUUGAUCCUGAAGGAAAGAAUCCUCUUGACCUAUCACUACAAGAUGAACUACAUCACGGCCUCAAAGAGGGAGUUCAACAAACGAUCCGACGUGGACACCACUGGGAAUAAGAUCAUCAUGACUCAAGAUAUGUGCCUCAGCUAUCAGGCAGGGCUGACUGAAAAAGACGAGAAGUUGUUUCAUCUAUACGAAAUGAUGCUGCGCUUAAUGGAAGAGGAGAAGCUGUCCAGGCACCAAGUCUGGGAGUCUGAGAUGGAGGUUCUGGACAUUCUGAGGAUUCGAGAGGAAGAAGUAGCAGCCAACAAGUUGACUGUGGCCAUCUACGAUACAGAAAGGAAUGAGAAGAGCAGAGAACAGAGAGAAUUAAUGGAGCGCCUGAUGCAAGAGGAGCGCCAGCGGCAGGUGGAGCAGGAUCUCGACUACCUGGCCCCUUUCCUAAUCCAGAUGGGCGGAGUCGAGAAGAUGACCAAGUGGCUUGCCUUGCGCCUCAAGGAAGACUGCCUGAACGACUUCAAGCACCGGCUCGUCGACAAGGCCAACCUCAUCCAAGCCCGUUUCGAGAAGGAAACCCAGGAGCUUCAGAAGAAGCAGCAAUGGUACCAGCAGAACCAGCUUAACAUGACCUUGGAGGAUGAGGAUGCCUACUUAAGCUUCUGCUCUGAAGCCAUGUUCCGCAUUCGCAUCUUAGAGAACAGGCUCAAUAGGCACAAGGAGAGAGCCCCACAGAAAUAUGUAGCACUGGAAGAGAAACUGUGCAAGGACCCUCGCCUGGCGGAGUAUAUCAAGUUUUAUGCUUAA